CUCCGGGGAAGGAUGACCGGCGUUGCCGCGAUCGUCUUGUUCCUGCAGCUCCUGCGCAAGGCGGAGGGACAGGUCUUCGCAGGUGGUUGUUCAUUUGAUGAGCACUACAGUAAUUGUGGUUACAGUGUGGCCUUGGGAACCAAUGGAUUUACCUGGGAGCAGAUCAAUACCUGGGAAAAGCCAACAAUGGAUCCUGCUGUCCCAACUGGCUCCUUCAUGAUGGUGAACAGCUCUGGGCGGGCAUCUGGGCAGAAAGCUCACCUGCUGCUGCCCACGCUGAAGGAGAACGACACGCACUGCAUCGACUUCCACUACUACUUGUCCAGCAGAGACCGCUCCAGUCCUGGCUCUCUGAACGUCUACGUGAAGGUGAAUGGAGGACCACAGGGCAAUCCCAUAUGGAACGUCUCAGGAGUUGUGACGGAAGGAUGGGUGAAAGCAGAACUUGCCAUCAGUACCUUCUGGCCGCAUUUUUAUCAGGUGAUAUUUGAAUCCGUCUCUCUGAAAGGACACCCAGGGUACAUAGCUGUGGAUGAAGUCCGGGUUCUCGCCCAUCCAUGCAGAAAAGCACCUCAUUUCCUGAGGCUUCAGAACGUGGAGGUGAACGUGGGACAGAAUGCAACCUUCCAGUGCAUUGCAGGGGGGAAGUGGUCCCAGCAUGACAAGCUCUGGCUCCAGCAGUGGAAUGGGAGGGACACAGCAUUAAUGGUCACUCGAGUGGUCAAUCACAGACGUUUUUCUGCCACUGUCAGUGUAGCUGACACCUCUCAACGCAGCAUCAGCAAGUACCGCUGUGUCAUUCGCUCGGAUGGUGGAUCCGGAGUUUCAAAUUAUGCAGAAUUAAUAGUGAAAGAACCCCCAACUCCCAUUGCCCCUCCUGAGCUGCUGGCAGUCGGAGCCACCUACCUGUGGAUCAAACCCAACGCCAACUCCAUCAUUGGAGAUGGGCCCAUCAUUCUGAAAGAGGUGGAGUAUCGGACGACCACUGGGAACUGGGCAGAAACCCACAUUGUAGACUCUCCUAAUUACAAACUGUGGCAUUUGGAUCCUGAUGUGGAGUACGAGAUCAGAGUGCUGCUCACUCGCCCUGGAGAAGGAGGCACAGGACCCCCCGGCCCGCCACUCACGACGAGAACAAAGUGUGCAGAUCCUGUCCAUGGUCCCCAAAAUGUAGAAGUGGUUGAUAUUCGGUCCCGGCAGCUGACGUUGCAGUGGGAGCCCUUUGGUUACGCAGUGACCCGCUGCCACAGCUACAACCUCACAGUCCAGUACCAGUAUGUGUUUAACCAGCAGAAAUUCGAGGCAGAAGAACUCAUCCAAACUUCUUCCCACUACACCCUGCGAGGCCUUCGGCCCUUCAUGACCAUCAGGCUGAGGUUAGCCCUCUCUAAUCCAGAGGGCAAAAUGGAAAGUGAGGAGUUGGUUGUGCAGACGGAGGAAGAUGUUCCUGGACCCAUUCCCUUGGAAUCCAUCCAGGGAGGACCUUUUGAAGAGAAGAUCUAUGUUCAGUGGAAGCCUCCAAAUGAGACAAAUGGCAUCAUUACACUCUAUGAGAUUACAUACAAGGCCGUUGGGUCUCUGGAUCCCAGUGCUGACCUGUCCAGCCAAAGAGGGAAGAUCUUCAAACUAAGGAAUGAAACACAUCACCUCUUUGUAGGAUUAUACCCAGGGACCACGUAUUCAUUCACUAUCAAAGCCAGCACAGUCAAGGGCUUUGGGCCACCCAUCACAACACGGAUUGCUACUAAGAUUUCAGCUCCGUCGAUGCCCGAAUACGACACCGACUCCCCCCUGAACGAGACCGACACCACCAUCACUGUCAUGCUGAAGCCUGCUCAGUCCCGGGGAGCUCCUGUCAGUGUCUAUCAACUUGUUGUCAAGGAGGAGAAGCUGCAGAAAGCACGGAGAGCUGCAGACAUCAUUGAAUGCUUCUCUGUCCCAGUGAGCUACAAGAACGCUUCCAGUCUCGACUCACCACACUACUUUGCAGCUGAGCUGAAACCCAUCAACUUGCCUGUCACCCAGCCCUUCACAGUGGGUGACAACAAAACCUACAAUGGCUACUGGAAUGCUCCACUUUCUCCCCUGAAAAGCUACAGCAUAUAUUUCCAGGCUCUUAGCAAGGCAAAUGGAGAAACAAAAAUCAACUGUGUCCGUCUGGCAACAAAAGGAGCUUCUACCCAGAAUUCCAAUGCAGUGGAACCAGAAAAACAAGUUGACAGCACUGUGAAAAUGGCUGGAGUUAUAGCUGGUCUUCUGAUGUUUGUUAUUAUCCUCUUGGGAGCAAUGCUUACCAUCAAGAGAAGAAGAAAUGCAUAUUCCUACUCCUAUUACUUGCAUUCAAGCCAAUGUUUUAGGGGCCUCUCUGUCUUCUACAGGACCAGGAAGCUAGCCAAGAAGCAGAAGGAGACUCAGACCAGCACCCAGAGGGAGAUGGGUCCCGUGGCUACUUCUGACAAGACCUCUACCAAACUCAGUGCUGUUCACAAUGAAGAAGCUUUUUCUUCCAGCUGCCAAGAUGUUAAUGGAUUCACAUCACCCUCUCCUUGUUCAUUUUCUGUCCAAAGCAAAACCCUUCAGAGCAAAUCUUUGUUGAAUUCCUACUACUCAGUAUCAUCAGACACUGUUCCAUCGACCACGCUGUUAGACAGUAGCCAUGGAGAGAUGACCCAGCCAACCCUGACUAUCCAGACCCACCCGUACCGGAGCUGCGAGCCGGUGGAAAUGUCCUACCCCCGGGGGCAGUUCCAGCCAGCCAUCCGAGUGGCCGACCUGCUGCAGCACAUCACCCAGAUGAAGCGAGGACAGGGCUAUGGAUUUAAAGAGGAGUAUGAGGCACUACCCGAGGGGCAGACAGCAUCCUGGGAUACAGCCAAGGAAGAUGAAAACCGCAAUAAGAACAGAUAUGGAAACAUAAUCUCCUAUGAUCAUUCAAGAGUGAGAUUGCAGCUGCUGGAUGGGGACCCUCACUCUGACUACAUCAAUGCCAAUUACAUCGAUGGGUACCACCGGCCUCGCCAUUACAUCGCAACUCAAGGGCCGAUGCAAGAGACAGUGAAGGAUUUCUGGAGAAUGAUUUGGCAAGAAAACUCUGCAAGUGUUGUCAUGGUCACCAACUUGGUGGAAGUGGGCAGGGUAAAGUGUGUUCGAUACUGGCCAGACGACACAGAGGUUUAUGGAGAUAUUAAAGUCACAUUAAUUGAGACAGAACCAUUGGCAGAGUAUGUCAUCCGCACGUUUACUGUCCAAAAGAAAGGCUACCAUGAGAUCCGAGAGAUUCGGCAGUUCCACUUCACCAGCUGGCCAGACCAUGGGGUUCCUUGUUACGCCACGGGCCUCCUGGGCUUUGUUCGUCAAGUGAAGUUUCUCAACCCCCCAGAAGCAGGACCCAUUGUUGUGCACUGCAGUGCUGGGGCUGGCAGAACAGGGUGCUUCAUUGCCAUUGACAUCAUGCUUGACAUGGCAGAGAACGAGGGUGUGGUGGAUAUCUUUAAUUGUGUGCGGGAGCUGCGAUCCCAGCGGGUCAACCUGGUGCAGACAGAGGAGCAGUAUGUAUUUGUCCAUGAUGCCAUUUUGGAGGCCUGUCUCUGUGGCAACACAGCCAUCCCAGUUUGUGAGUUCAGAUCCAUAUAUUACAACAUCAGCAGACUAGAUCCACAGACCAAUUCCAGCCAGAUCAAAGAUGAGUUUCAGACUCUCAAUAUUGUGACCCCACGUGUCCGACCAGAAGAUUGCAGCAUUGGUCUUCUGCCCAGGAACCACGACAAGAACCGCUGCAUGGAUGUGCUGCCCUUGGACCGGUGCCUGCCUUUCCUCAUCUCCGUGGAUGGUGAAUCAAGUAACUACAUCAAUGCUGCACUCAUGGAUAGCCACAAGCAACCUGCUGCCUUUAUUGUAACCCAACACCCUUUGCCCAACACCAUAGCAGACUUCUGGAGGCUGGUGUUUGAUUACAACUGCUCCUCUGUCGUGAUGCUGAAUGAGAUGGAUGCAGCACAGCUCUGCAUGCAGUACUGGCCAGAGAAGACGUCCUGUUGUUAUGGCCCAAUUCAAGUAGAGUUUGUUUCAGCAGACAUCGAUGAAGACAUCAUCAACCGGAUAUUCCGGAUCUGCAACAUGGCCAGGCCCCAGGAUGGAUAUCGCAUAGUCCAGCACCUGCAGUAUAUUGGCUGGCCAGCAUACAGGGACACCCCUCCUUCCAAACGCUCCCUCCUCAAGGUGGUCAGAAGGUUGGAGAAGUGGCAGGAACAGUACGAUGGGAGAGACGGACGGACUGUGGUUCACUGCCUGAACGGCGGGGGACGCAGCGGCACCUUCUGCGCCAUCUGCAGCGUGUGUGAGAUGAUCCAGCAGCAAAACAUCAUCGACGUGUUCCACAUAGUGAAGACGUUACGGAAUAACAAAUCCAACAUGGUGGAGUCACUGGAACAGUAUAAAUUUGUAUACGAGGUUGCACUGGAAUACUUGAGUUCCUUUUAGCCCAGGGGAGGGACUGGAGCCUCCAAAAUGCCAGAUCCCAGUCUCUGGCAGACACUUCUCCCCUCACCCACACUGGAAGGCAGUAACAACGUGUGGGAAGGAAAACCUCUCCUUCCCAGAGCAAGAGAUUGAGAUUGCACAGCCCUCGCUGGAAGGAGGAGAAGAUGAUGCCUGUGUUUGCUGCUGCCUGCUUUCUAUUGGAACAUCCACUGCUUCUUAAAUAACCUACUGUAAAAAUUAGUAAAAUGGGAGAUGGGCUGAAAGACUGGACUUUCUAAUCCCCUCUGAAUUCUUCUCUUCUCUUUUGGAUUGUAUUUUUGCUCUCCUUGCUGCAGAGUGGGGAAGGAAUGAAACCCUUAGGAAAUUAUCUUUUAAAUGUCUCCUUUUUAAUUUAUAAUUUUGUUUUCAAAUCCCAGUCUUUAAUUUUUAUUAUUUUUUUUUAAUUUCAUGCAACAGUCAUUUGGGAAAAAAAAAAAUGAGAUAGCCAUAGGGGAUAUAUGAAGUGUUUCAUUACAAUCAUCUGCUUCCUUUUAUUUGUUUUGUUGGUUGUUUUUUUUUUU